UUGAAAAGACGCGGCAGCAGGAAGAAACAGGGUUAUUGUUGUUGUUUUUAGUUUUUAUUAAAAUGCGUUAGAGUUAAAAAUUUGGUUUUAAUCCACCAUGGCGUUACUGACACCUUACAGCAAAAUACCCGAACUGAACACUGCGACCGUUUUAUUAGUUGAGAAUGAGGAGAAAUUUCAGUCCAAACUCGCCGAUGCCAUCGUGCAGAAGGAGAAAGACCUGAAUGUCCACGUACGCCUGGCGUGCAGACUCCCUCUCCCCGUGGAGAACAGCGAGACGCGUCCUCGUGUGGACCUGGUGGUGUUCAUAGUGAACCUUCUCUUCGAGCGCAGUCUUCAGGUGGUGGAGAAUUCCCUCAGUUACCUGAGUUCAGACUUUUUCCUCGGGAAGGUGUGCUUCGUGGUCACUGAUGCACGGUGUGGUGCUGUGGCUCAAGAGCGUUUGCUCACUGUGAAGAAGCUUGCUGCGUCUCACGGCUGUCCUGUAAUCUGCGCCGAACACCAGACGGAGGACGGCAUUAGCAUGGCAGCGUCCAGACUCCUCACCAUCCUAAAGGUGUCGGCCGGCGCGUCUCCCGUGGCGACCACAGCACUCUACCUGUCUACACUGACCCGCUGCACCGUGCCAUCCGAGCUCGAUGAGGACUGACCUCUCACCCUUUCACUCUUUCCCUGCUUCUCUUCAGAACAGGGAAUUUGAGGGAUAAUCUAGACACAAAACCGACUGUCUUGUAUAAAGUAAAACUUGUGUGCUUAGAAAGUUUCCUGGAGAGAAACAGUGAGCUUUAUCCAUCCCUACCCGGCCAUGCCACCUGGACACGUGUAAUUUGGCGUAAGAGCCAAUGGUUAGAUUGUCAUCCAGACAACUGUGAUAACCAGGGUCCAUAAGGUCUAAUCUAAAUCUACAGUAAUUGUCACCAAGAAACUGACUGGACUGUUCACAGACGGAUAAAAGAGUGGAGCAGGAACCUUCUCAAGAACCUUGAUGUCCUCUUCACAUCCUCACCUAACUCUUAAAGCUCUUCUAGUCUUGUGGCACAAAGAAUUGGUCGUGCCCGAACGAAAAAAAAUAAGAUAAGAUUAAAUUAGUGUUUUGCUGUUUAAAAACUUUUUUUUAUUAUUAUUACUAGUUUAGCUUUUUAUUUCCUCUCCUAAAAAUGAGCAAAAAAUAAAUAAUUUCACAAAUCAUCAUGGUUGACCUUAAGGUGCGAAAAAUGCAAAAGUAGAUAUCAAGAUCUGAAGGUAUAACCAAUAUUGGUUAAUACUGUUCAUUUGACUUUGUGCUACUGCACCUUAAUGACAGCAGAUGGCGCUGUGUACAAAUAAAUACUCAUGAACCUUGGGGUGAUGGGCUUUACUAGCCCCUGCACGACAGUAAUGUGGCGAUGCAGCUGGUAAUAUCUUUGUCCUCGUGCCCACCCUCUGACCUUGAUGGAAAGAAUGUACGUUUCAGUCGUCAUAUGUUUCCCGUACGUUUUAAUAAAUGUUUUUGGUGUU